AUGCCUGGCGCAAUUUGGGUGGCGUCAGGGGCCCGAAAUUUCGAAUUUGUGGCGGCACAAUUGGCGCACGGAAACAUUGAGUCUGGUGUCCUUUUCAUUCAAGGUCGACAAGGUCGAAAAUGCCUAUCUCUGCGCCUCGUGAAUAUCACUCCGACACCGAGUUCCAUUUUCAUGAAAACCACGCCGAUGCCAUUAUCCGAACCGUCACCUACCCCCGCAAAGAAUUAUGUCAAUCAGCCAUAUGGUUUCCGCCCAGUCAACAUGAUCCCAUUCUCUCUGCCUGGAACAUACAGGAUAAAGAAAUCCACAUACAAAUCUCGCGUUACGAUUGUCUCUGCUCUGCAGGCACUAUUCAUAUCGGACCAGCAACCGCUAAAACCGACGCGGGUAGUGUUCAUUCCGCCGGCGCCGAAUCAAGCCCUGAACUUUAUGGGGUCGUGUGCGCUUCCUUAUUAUGAUACACAAACAGGCAAAGUCGAAGACGUUGUGUCCUGUGCCGGGUGUCAACUAGCUGUCGAAAAAGGCAUUAUCGGUGUCAGCUUAGAUAGCUGGUCAUGGGCACGCGAGGUUUGCACAAAGGUAUAUGCGCGGGAUGAGUUUCUGGAACAUUUUAGGUGGUGCAAACAGGCACAGCUUCUCUGGAACACGAGUGAUGAAGGGAAAAGCCAGCCUCCCGAGCUACCGGUGGCUGCUCGGUUGAAUGGUCACUUCGGCCAAGAGGUUAACAAGGAUAUGUAA